GCAGUCAGUUACAACUUUGUAUAUUUGUUGGUACUAAGAUUGAUAUAGUUUAGCUUGCAGAAUAAGAGAAUUAAGAGAACAGCAUUAUGCGAUCUCUUCUUAUUUUAUUGACUUGCCUAAGCAUUUUACAUACGGGAUUUACCUCAACUGAAAACAAUGCAUGCAAACAAGAAAUCAGUACUCAUAAAGGCAGAACAUUCUUAAUUUCUCUCAUAACAUUCGAUGGGAUCACACCUUUUAACGGCGUCAUUUACAUUGGAAGCGGAUUAAGAGGUCUUGUAAACAUAACGCAACAUUACCGGAACUUUUCUGCAAUGGAAACCAAACAAAUAUCGCCAGGCAUAACUCAACUUAACAUGUCUACAUCGCAUUUUGUCGAUGACACAGCAGGUAUUCAGAGAACAAAAGGAGUACAAAUCAGCUCGACAGUUGAUAUUUCUGUCUAUAUGAUAGGAUAUCUUUCCGGCGUAGUAGCAGCAUACACCCUCUUUCCGGAGAAUACGUGGUCUUCUAAAUACGUUGUAUUGCCAUUCGAACCUUAUCCUAGUCGAAGAAAUGCUGUUAUGAUAUCAAACUUACACAAAACUGCAAGUUUGCAAGUGAGAAAACAAAAUUUGAACAGUCUAUUGGUAAACAUUUCUUUACAUUCUUAUGAAAGUUACGUACUAAUUGGACGUGACUAUAAAUCAGGAGCAAUAGUUAAAAGUAAUAAACCCAUAUCGUUAGUUCAUGAAAGUUUGUGUGCAGAAAAUUCUGAACAAUUUUCUGUUUGUGACGCUGGGAUGGAUUCUCUUUUACCGGCUGAAUAUUGGCAAACUGAAUUUAUAAUUCCUCCACUUUUACCUAAGCUAGGCAACCUCAUAAAGGUGUUCGCACUUGCUGCAAACGAAACUGUUCAUAUUAUAUUAAAGAAUAGAACAAAUACGAUAAACCAAACGUUUACAGGCAUGUAUGAAACAUUUCUAGAAACAGAUGCACUUAUAAUCAUCACAGAUAAGAAAGUGAAUGUUAUACAAUACGGGUUCAGUCAAACCCACGAUGAUAAUAACGGAGAUCUGUUCAUGGCUUCUGUACCGGCGAUUCGACAUUACGGAAAAGACUAUUUUAUUCCAACUCCACUUGCAAGUGACGGAUUUAUCAAUACUAUAAUUGUAACAAUAAGAGAUGUGCACCUUCCUGGUCUUUUACUAAAUGGAAAGUCGAUGGAUUUAAAGGCCAUGAAAACAGUAACACCAGUUGCGCCAUAUGAUAAUUUCAGAAUCAUAAUUAUGAACUUGACAAGCGGUAAUUACAAUCUCACUCACCCAGCUGCUGAUGCUAGAUAUUCGGUACUUUUGUACGGACAAACUCGCAGAAACUCCUUUGGUUUUUACCUUGGAUACACCUUUAAAACAGAUGAAAAUAAUAACUGCAGUGAAUGCACAAAUGAUGGACAGAAUGGUGCAUUGUGCAAGACUGGUUUCCCGCCAAAACAAUCACGAGGUCCUCUUUGUCAUGACUGUUCGCACGUGAGUGACCCAAAAGAAUGUGACAAAAUAACUAUCUGCUCCUCAAAUGAGGUAUGCCGCAUCGAAGAGUUUCCAGUGGGAGAGAAUUCAAUAUUUAACCUUGGAUGCGCAUCAGUCAAUGAUUGUGCUAUAGAACACAGAAGUUUGAACCCUUUCAACCAGAGGUCAGUUCCAGUCUGCACAGAAUGCUGUCUGGAGGAUUAUUGCAAUACAAACUGUACAGGAAGGACCCAUAAUCAGCAACAGAUUAUUGUUGGAUAAAUUUAUCUGUAUAUGAUAAAUGUUUUCGAAUCUUUUUCCGAGUAUAAUAGAUUGAAAUAAAUCAAAGAAAACUAUUCA